CCAAUGCUGCGUCUACUAAUAAGAUGUGUAUGGUUAGAUGCGUUUGACUUAGCUUAGCUUGCUAGCCGCUAACAAAAGAGACAAGGCGGAAGUAGGCCACACAUCGCUCAGCGGAUACACGUCUAAUUGUCGUGAUUGUGCCAAAAUGCGUACAGUCCAAAUGCUGAGAGCGUUGGUGAAUCAGCGACUAAAUGCAGCGGUUGAAGAAAUAUUUGUGGUGUUCGAAAGAACGAUAGCGGACUACGAGGAAGAGAAGCAGCGACAACGUCGACUACUGGACGCUGUCUUCAAGCGGCCUCGACUUCUGUUACACAGAGCAGACAUCUGUGGAGAACAUUCUCUCCCUGAGCAGCAGGAGUGGACCUUCACGGAGGCAUCACUACCACCCCACAUUGAAGAGGAGGAGCCAUACCCUACACGUUUUAUAGAGGAGAAGGACCCGCGGUACCCUCCGUUUAAAGGAAACAAGGCACAACAGUCCCCCCGAAUUAAAAGGGAAGAGGAACAGCCCCCCCAACAUAUAGAGGAAGAGAAGCAACAGCAUUAUCACUUUAAAACAGAAGAAGAGGAGCCACAGUCAACCCAAAUUAAAGCGGACGAGUCACAGUCCCCUGACAUUGAGGAAGUUGAAGCGCCAGAGUUCCCCCAAAUUAAAGAGGAAGAUGAGGAGCCACAGCCUCCUCAAUUUGUAGAGCAAGAGCAACAGCUCCCUCACUUUAAAACAGAAGAAGAGGAGCCACAGUCAACCCAAAUUAAAGCGGAUGAGUCACAAUCCCCUCACAUUGAGGAAGAUGGGGCGCCACAGUCCUCUUCAUUAAAAAGGAAGAGGGGGCAGAGCCCCCACACAUUAAAACAUAAGAGAAUGAGCCAAGGCACCAGCAUAUUAAAGAGGAAGAGGAGGAGCCACAAAAGUGAAAGUGAAGCAAAGAGAGAGGCGGAGCCUCCAAGCAGCAGCUCAACUCAACACAUGACAACAGAAGCUGAUGGAGACCACUGUGGAGGAUCACAAGCAGACAAGAUCUUAGCUCCACUAUCAGAUAGUGACGACACAACGUCUCACUCUCCUGACACUGAUGAUGAAGACUCUAAAGAUGAUAAGACAUGUCACACUGACAACACACACUUGACAUGUUCUCACUGUGACAAAACGUUUAAUUACCGUAGUAAUCUGAAUGUACACAUGAGAACACAUACUGGAGAAAAACCCUUUUCCUGUUCAGUCUGUGGUAAAGGUUUUGCACGGAAUGAUAAUCUGAAAAUGCAUACAAGAAUGCACUCUGGAGAAAAAUCAUUUUCCUGUUCAGUCUGUGGUAAAGGUUUUGCACAAAACAUUCAUCUGAAAAUACAUACGAGAAUGCACACUGGAGAAAAACCCUUUUCCUGUUCUUUCUGUGGUAAAGGUUUUGCACAUAAUAGUAAUCUGAAAAGACACACAAGAAUGCACACUGGAGAAAACCCCUUUUUAUGUUCAGUCUGUGGUAAAAGUUUUGCACGAAAUUGUGGUCUGAAAAUGCAUACAAAAAUGCACACUGGAGAAAAACCCUUUUCCUGUUCAGUCUGGGGUAAAGAUUUUGCAUGAAAUAGUGAUCUGAAAAAACAUGCAGGGAUGCACACGGUGAAAAACCCUAUUCCUGUCUUGCCUGUAGUAAAGGUUUUGCACAACAAAGUCAUCUGAAAAUAAACACAGGAGUGCACACUGGAGAAAAAACAUGUUUCCUGUCCAGUCUGUAGUAAAGGUUUUAUACAAAGUAAGACUUUUAAAGUACACUGGAGACUGGAGGUUUCAUAGACAGUUUAAAUUUGAAAAGACACAUGAAAAGACACACACACUCAAGAGAAACCAUUUAGUUUCAGUGUGUGUGUGUGUGAGAGAUGAAAGAUUCCCUAAUAAGUACCAGUGUAAGACACACAAGUGUGCGGGUGAGAACAACAGCUGCAAAUGAAGACGCAGGAUGUUUUGUCAUUGUUCUGUGUGUUACAAGCUUGACAAAUUGCUUCUAACUUUUAUGUUCCAACACAUUAACCCUUGCAUGCUAAGAUCAUUUUUGAACUGUUAGCGAUCUACAGCGUUCAUUUUUGUUUGGUAAAUCACAGACAAUGAGAGAUUAUCAUCACACUUCAACAUCUCUAACAUGUAAAUGCUUCCUCUUUCCUAGAUCAGCAUUGUAAAUGUAAAUAUGGUCUUAAUUGUUUUACCCUGGAUAAAUACAUGUUAAAUAAAUACAUGUAAACUAGGAAGUAAAUGUUUAUAUACUACAUUACCCAGAAAGGUUAGUGCUGUAGACCGGGACAGGAAGUAGGUUUGAGUUAUGUUGGAGGACAUUUGUGCCGUUUUGCUCAAUAAAGAGUUGAUAUAUUGUUACAUGUUGUUGUUCCUGCUUUGUCUACACAAGAAACACAUUUGGAUAGGACAGCUGCUUGAGCGUCGCUCUGAGACAAAUUUGAUUGAUCUGUGAAUCGAGACAUUGUGAAAUCCCAGAGGGCCUGAAUGAUGAACUCGUUGACCUGAGACCGAAGCGGGAUUGGAAAAUGUAAUUUGUUUCUCGUGCCAGCAGGGCUCUCAGUAUAACAAACCAUCUCCCUAAUGAUGAAUAACGUAGAUGCAUUUUUAACGGCUUAAGCUACGGGACAUUUAAAAAAUAAUAUUACUAAAGGGCUGUCAAAAUUAAUGAGUUAAUUUGUGUGAUUGAUCACAAAAAAUGAUGGCAUUAAUCAUGAAGACACUUUAUUCAGGCAAUUUAUUUUGAGUGUACAAACUCUUUUACCUUACGGGCUCUGCGGUCAGUCAUCAGAUCAAUAAUACGUCAGUACAAAAAUGAGUGAGGAGACUCCCGACUGGUGGU